CGUCCUCGAAUCGCCAGCAGCAAAAACGGGCAGGUGCCACUGAGCCGGUGGACAUUUCUCUUUUUGCUCCUGUUUGAAGUGGACGAGAAGACCCGAAGAAUGGCUCUCAGAGCGUUUCAUACCAGUGCGGACGAGAACGUGUCCCACAUACCGCGCGGCAAGGCUGCUCUGACCAGGAUGGACAUCAAACCGCGGACAGCUCUAGGGACCAUCGGAGGAAACAGUCUCCGCGACAGACACGCACCUUCCGGAAAAGGUGGUGUUACAAAGACAGCAUUUGCAGUCCCAGCCCAGAUCACGAGGGUCAAGACCGAUGCUUUCACUACGCGGCCACCCUCCCAGCUCACCACCAGUACAACCACAUCUGCCCUCCCUACUCACAACAGACAGCCCACUCCUGCCCACAAACCCACCCCUCCCCAGCAGGAAGAUGAGUUCCCGGAGCCAGAGGUCAUGGACAUGGAUGUAGGGCAGAUUGCCUUGGCCCUCAGUAAUAAGCUGGUGAUUGAGGAUAUUGACGAGAGUGACAGGGACAACCCCCAGCUGUGUGCCGAGUAUGUCAAGGAGAUCUAUGCCUACAUGAGAGAGCUGGAGAUCAAGUACCAGGUGGACCCAGCCUACCUGUCCACACAGUCUCAGAUCAACUCCAAGAUGAGGGCCAUCCUCAUCGACUGGCUCAUCCAGGUCCACCUCAGGUUCACCCUACUGCAGGAGACCCUCUACCUCACUGUCUCAAUAAUCGACAGAUACCUACAGGUGGAGCCAUGUGACAAGUCGGAUUUGCAGCUGGUGGGAGUGACGGCCAUGCUCAUUGCCAGCAAGUACGAGGAGAUGUACGCACCACAGGUGGACGACUUUGUCUUCAUAACGGACCGGACCUACAGCAGUGACCGCAUCCGCAGCAUGGAGAGACACAUGCUCAAUGCCCUGGACUACAGUUUCGGGAACCCUCUCUGUCUCCAUUUCCUCCGGCGCUACUCCAGAGCUGGAAAUGCUGGUCCCGAGAUGCACACGAUGGCAAAGUUCCUCCUGGAGCUGUCCCUCACUGACUACCACUGUCUGAGGUUCCUGCCCUCCCAGCUGGCUGCCACUGCCCUCUACAUCUCGUGCAAGAUCUGCAGCGACGGAGAAUGGGUGAGGAAAGAGCACAGGAAGCUUUUGUGCGAUGCACGAGACUUUAUAUUCUGUCCGUCUGGUAGAUGUACGUACUUCAGAGAUGGUCCAUUAUUAGUACAUCCUUCCCCUUGGAUCUGGUCUCAAUUAUGAGCCUGAAUUUGCUAUGCUUUGCUCUUUGUAAUAAUACAGAGAGCUUCAUAUAAGUUUAAGACACAUAGAAAGACUCAUGGCAUCACAAAUAUUGCGCUAUGCACGUAGGUAAUAGUUGCACUAGCGUCGGUGUAAGUAGUGUGUGUUGAAUUAUUAACUAUUACUCUCUUUCCUGCAGACCCCCACUCUGCACCACUACAGCACGUACUCAGAGUCUCAGCUGUUGCCGUGUGCAGGGAGACUGACCUGGCUCGUAUCCCACAUGGCCACCUCAAAACAGCAGGCCGUCAGAAAGAAGUACUCGUCCAGCAAGUUCCUCAAAGUGGCCACCAACUCUGGACUCCACAGCAGGCCCAUUCGAGAGCUGGCCGCAGCAGAUUCAACCUCAUAGAGAGCACCUGGUUCUCUCGCCCCCUGCCAUGCACCCUCUACUGAGAAUUAGCAUCAAACUUUUCACAUUGCACCAUUUUGUAUUCUCUGCCCUAUUUUAUUUUUGGUCUGAUGUUCAU